AUAUAAAAUAAAGCCGUUGGAAACUGUAAAACAGUAACAUAUAGAAAAGACCCUAAGAAAAGAUCCGGCGUGAGAAAUAGUUUCGUGUAAUAAUGUGCUGAAGUAUCAAAGAAUAGCAGACAAAACGCGGCGCAGCAAAGUGAAAAAAAGCAUAGAGAAAGGAGUGAGUGGGAGAGAGAGUGAUAGGGCUGGCUGCUCCGUGGCGGCGGUGGUGGUGGUGUUGGUGUUGGUGGGAGUCAUAGUCGUCGUUGUGUUAUCGCCGUUCGCCCCGAAGCAUGGACUUGCUCCAAAUUUGCAGCGCAGACGCAGAACACACAUGAACCCUCUCUCUGCACGUGCUCUCAGAGUGUUUUAUCAGUGGGCAAGUGGGAGCGGGCGACCCUCCAAACAGGAUAUUUUAUUAUACUGAAAUUCAUACUGAAAUCCAUACGCAUGCACACACACAUACACAUGCAACGUAGGAGUAGAGCGCAGGAAAUUCGCAUUUUCAGGCCAGAAGCACUCGGUACGUAGUAAAGCGCGCUCCACAAGCAAAAGCUUCGCAUUGCCUUUCGGACGCAUUCCGUUGCUUGCUUGCUGCUGCAUCAAAAACACACACACACAAACACACUCGUGCAUACACACACUCUCACACCCACACACGUGCGAAAAUCAAUUAAAAGCAAAGAAAUACAAGAGAUAACAGAAAAGUAGAGAGAGAUAAAACAAAAGUUGGAAAGUUGCAAUUUUUUCGUGGACAAAAAAAACCCUCGCCAGCGAACAUGUCGAAAUUAACUGUGAAAUGUGCAAAAGCUCACAAGUUACGCAAAAAAUGCCGCAGCAAAAACGUCGCAGUCGCAGUCGUCGCAGCAGUCGCAAUAUUCGCAGCAGCACCAGUGGAGAGAAAAAUGUGAAACGGGCAACGAGAAACGAGCAACGAACAGCCGCAGCAGCAGGGAGUGCAGGGUAUGCUGGGAGAAAAGUGCAGCGUGCAGAGUAUGCCCAAAAAGUGCAAGGAUGCAGCGUCGUGCCAUUGACCACCGAACCAGCAAUUUGUCUCUAACAGUAAAUCCUACAGCAGCGCCUACAACAUCUACCAAAUCCACGUAGCCCCAUCCUCGUCGCAUCCACCCCCACAUUGUCACUGCCGGACGGAACGACGGACGGACGAGCGUUGUGCCGGAAGCUCUGCAGCAGCAGCACUAGAAUCAGCGGAAAUUAAAACAAAUCGAAGUCGAAAUAAAAAGACACUCACACAGAGUGAGAGGAAAGAGAGACAACGGUAAGGACAGAGAGACAGAGAGAGAGAGAGCGAGAGAGCGAAAAGAGUAACGGAGUAUUCUACGCUGCAUCAGAUUUACAACACGGCACAUUUACUACCGGUUACUGCAGCUGGCUCCGGUUCCGGCUACUGCUCUCAGCACCCCACACACCCCCCUCUGGCCACUACUACGGGUGCAUCCACCUCCUUUCGCUCCUUUUGGCUGAUGAUGACGAUGAUGAUGAUGAUGUUGUUUGCAAUUUGUGAUUUCAUGUUUUCAUAACUCGGCCAACCGUUGGCACGGAUUAGACAAAACGUCGAGCGUCGGGCAUCAAGCGUCAGCCUUCAGGACAGGCAUCCUGUAGCAAAGUGCAGGAACUCAACACGAGCAACGAAUAACUGGAACUUGCAUUUUUAUAUCAAUUUUUAUAAGCAACCAAUGGCACGUGUUCAGCAGCAUUUAAUCAAUGCCAUCGUCCACAUUGCAUCCAGUCUCAUCAACGGUUAGUUAAGAGCUGGCAAGAGUCAAGGAGAGCCACAGUUGCCACACCGCGGACAACCCGACCUAAAAAGGAGAAGGGCCAACGAAAAGGAAAACAAUUUCCCCCUUCGGAUACCCACUAAUAAAUGCAGUGGAAGAAGAAGUUUACUCGAUUGAAAGCAGCUACUGGAAAUUCGCGUGUGCGAAGAAUGCUUUGUUGUGGACGUAGAAAGGAGAAUGGAAGAUCAGUUCCUGAUGUUACCGCCAGUCCGGGACGCGCCCCGCCCGGACCGCUGCCCGCCAAUCAGCUGUCCUCGCUGGGCAACCAGCAGCAGCAGCACGGCAACCAGCAGCAGCAGCACCAUGGCAACCAGCAGCAGCAGCAUCAUGGGAAUCAGCACCAGAACCGCGGACAGAGCGGCAGCAUCUCGAAUGCUGGCGUCAAGGAUCCGGUGCUGCUGCAGGGCGACUUUCGCAAGGUCAGCGGCAUCAGCUCGGAGAUCUUUCGCCAGAUAGAGGCCGUUGAGAAUGAUCACGAUCCGAAUACGGCGGCGGCCCUGGAGGCGGUGGAGCGGCGCGGUGAGAUGAUCGUUCGCAUUCUGGAGCCACGCUGCAUGGGCAGCAAGCAGGCGGUGGAUGCGGCCCACAAGCUGAUGAACAAGGCCGAUGGCCGGCACACCGUGCAGCUGGUGGAGAUUGUCAAGCGACCGGGGCAGACACUGGGCCUGUACAUACGCGAGGGCAAUGGCGCGGAUCGCACCGAUGGCGUGUUUAUAUCCCGCAUAGCCCUGGAAUCGGCGGUGUACAACAGCGGCUGCCUGAGGGUGGGCGAUGAAAUCCUUGCCGUCAAUCUGGUGGACGUUACACACAUGUCGCUGGACGAUGUUGUCAUCAUCAUGUCAAUUCCACGCCGCCUGGUGCUCGCCAUACGCCAGCGGCGCGGCAAUCGUGGCACCAACUCCCCCGGUCCGCCCACGCUCUCACGCCCGGAGCAGAAGCCACCGCCGGUGGUGGUGAUCAAGCGUGAUCUCAGGGAUGAGGAUCUGGACGAAACGGAUCGCAUGCAGAGGCCGCCGCGCUCAUCACGUGAAAGACGUACAGGUAGUGAUGGCCGCGAGAUGACCGAAUCCCGCUCCCGGCUGGGUCUGGGCCUCAACAACUACAGCCCGCAGUCGGAGCAGCUGGACAUGUACUACAAUACGCGUGGAGGAGGUGGCGGUGGAGGCGGUGGCAUGCCCCUCAAUGCCAUGGGUGAGCCACCGAACUGGGGCUACAAGCCGCCGCCACCGCCCUCGUCGGUGAUCACGGAGCAGCCCACCAAGGGGCAUGCCUUUGCGCCCUCGCACGCGUACUACCAGAACGCCGGCACGCUGGAGAGCCUCGCCGAGAAGGUGCACGCCUUUUAUCCCGGUGCACCCGGACAGCCGGUGGGUCCGUCGCGUCGCAUGUCCACGGGCACCGGCAAUGUGGGUCUGGCCCAGCAGCAUGCGCGCUUCCCGCGCUCCGGCUCGGAUCAGCACUUGCCGCGCGUGGAGUACGCGGACUACUCCAACUCCUUGGGCCGCCACUCGCUGCUGCGCUCCAGCCUGAAGCCCGGCACUGGCGCACCGCCCAUGCCCGUGGGUGUGGGUGGCACACUGGGCCGCUACGGACGCUACGAUCAGCAGCGUGCCAAUACGGUGUCCAAGUACGGACCGCCAGCUGCCGGCGCACAGUCGCUGACGCGUCGCUCGCGGCCCAAUUUGGACUACUCCAGCGACACGGAGGCCACGAUCGGACCGCGGCCCAGUUACUAUUACUACAACAGGCCCGCCAUUGGCAGCAUGCCGCGUGGCGCCGGUGGCCAUGUGAGCGGAAGUGCCGCUGCCACGGCAGCGCUGCUGGCAAGUGCCGCAGAUCUCAACAAGUUCAACUCGCUGCCCAGGGAGCGGCCCGGCGUGAGGCUGCAGGGCAUACGCACCCGAAUCAGCGAUCGCUUGGUGGACGAGAACGAUGGCAACACCUCGGCGCCAGAGUUUGACGUGCGACGCGGCAGGGAUCUGCGCCAGCGCAUCACCGCCAGUCCCUCGAUCUUCACAGCGGACGAGUACCGCGCGUGGCUGCGGCGAGCGCCCAGCAGCUCGGCCAUUGCGGAACAGAUGCGCAUGACGCGCGACAUGUUUGCCCAGCCGCGAUCGCAGCGCUUCUCCUGCAGCGCCGAGAACAUUCACGAUGCAUUGAGGAAUACGGAGAGCAUUUACUCGAGCAGAACGGGCAUACUCGGCGCGGGCACCCUCGAUCGCAAUAUGGGCCUCACGCGUCCCAUUUCCGCACUGCCUGUGCGCUCCAUGUCCUCGCAGCAUAUUGGUGGAGCGGGUUCCAUACGCUCCCCGAGCAUACGACGCAUGCGGCAGCUGCUGGAACUGUCCGCUGGCCCGGCCAGUCCUAGUGGCAGCAUCAUGAGCACCGGCGGCCAUCAGAGUCCGGCACCAACGCCCAGCGCCACGCUGCCGCGGCAGCAUCGACAGAUUGACAUCAAUCCGGCAGAGUUUGCCAAGUACAAGCUGGACAAGCCAAUAGUGGACAUUGGCGGGGUCUCGGGCAUGCUGUGGAUUCAUCUGCUGGCGGGUCGUGGAUUGCGCACAGCUCCUGAGGGUUCCGGAGCACAGCCUGGUGCGCCGCCUGGCCAGACCAGAGAUCUCUACUGCGUCAUCGAGUGCGAUCGCGUGCACAAGGCACGCACUGUGGUGCGCUCGGGCGACCUGCAGUUCGACUGGGACGAGUCCUUCGAGCUGGAUCUGGUGGGCAACAAGCAGCUGGAUGUGCUCGUCUACUCCUGGGACCCCCAGCACAGGCACAAACUCUGCUAUCGUGGCGCCAUUUCGCUGUCGGCCAUACUGCGGCAGUCGCCGCUGCAUCAGCUGGCGCUCAAGGUGGAGCCGCGCGGCACCAUCUACAUACGCAUGCGGCACACGGAUCCACUGGCGCUGUACAAGAGGCGUGGCCUGCCCAGCCUGCGUGCCGGCUAUCCGACGCUGUUCGGCGCCGACCUGGAGACGGUCGUCAACCGGGAGUCCAAGGGCGCACCGGGCUGUGCCCCCGUGCCAAUUGUGCUGCGACGCUGCGUGGAGGAGGUGGAGCGGCGCGGCCUCGAUAUAAUCGGGCUGUAUCGCCUGUGCGGCUCGGCCACCAAGAAGCGUCUGCUGCGCGAGGCCUUCGAGCGCAACAGCCGUGCCGUGGAAUUGAGCCCGGAACAUGUUCCUGACAUCAAUGUCAUCACGGGUGUGCUCAAGGACUACCUCAGGGAGCUGCCCGAGCCGCUGUUCACGCGCUGCCUCUUCCAGAUGACAGUGGAUGCAUUGGCCGUCUGCUUGCCGGAUGAUCCCGAGGGCAAUGCAAAACUGAUGCUUAGCAUUCUCGAUUGCCUGCCCAGAGCGAAUAGGGCCACCCUUGUGUUCCUGCUCGAUCAUCUCUCGCUGGUCGUUUCCAACUCGGAGCGCAACAAGAUGUCCGCCCAGGCGCUGGCCACGGUGAUGGGCCCACCGCUGAUGCUGCAUUCGGCCAGCGCACAGCCGGGCGCUGACAUCGAUCACGCCCAGCCGAUAGCAGUGCUCAAAUAUUUGCUGCAAAUCUGGCCACAGCCGCAGGCGCAGCAUCAGCAGCUGGCACAGCACAUGGGCGGCGCCGUACAGGGUGGAUCGAUGAUGAGCGGCCUGGCCACGGCCGGCAGCAUGAGCAACAUGGCGGGCGUUGCUUCAGGUCGGCGCGGCGAGUCAACAGGGCAGCGUGGAAGCAAAGUCAGUGCGUUGCCAGCGGACAGACAGCAACUUCUACUGCAGCAGCAGCAGCAGCUCAUGGCGGCGGGCAACCUACUCCGCUCGUCCACUUCGGUAACCAACAUACUCUCCCAAGGCCAUCCUCAGCUCUCAGCCACAGCCAACAGUCAUCUGUAUCAAUCAGUAGUGGGUCAGUUAGCUCAAUCGCAUCGAGCCUUGCAACAAGCGGUGCAACAGCCCUAUCAAUUGGCGGGAUCAGUGGGCUCAGCAAUUCCCGACCAAUCGCCACUGCCACUUCCAGGCACACCCUCCCCAGGCAGUAGCUCAGCGUCGACGGGUUCGGGCUCCGGAUCGGGCUCGGGUAAAAGCACGGAUACCAUCAAGCGCGGUGCUUCACCUGUCUCCGUUAAGCAAGUCAAAAUCAUCGAUACGGCCAGCCCCUAUUCCAUUGUGCAGAAGAAGCCGCCGCUGCAGAAGGAUGCACCCAUAGAUGCCAUCACACCCACCACCCAAUCGGAUGCAAUCGGAUCAGCCCUAGGUCUGGGCAAAAGCUACAGCGGCAGCGGCAGCAGCAGCACGACAACACGCAAAGGCAACGUUGACUUCUAUGAACCGCACAAAGCGCUGUCCAAGAGCUCGGCCGGCGACGACUUCACCACUAGCUACAGCUCCAAGUACGCCAGCCUGGACACGAAGAAGAGCGGCGGCUACAGCGGCAGCAGCAGCUACACACCCAGCAAGAGCAGCCUCAAUGCCAGCGAUGAGUACAAGGCGAUGCGCAACAAGUCGAGUGCCACCUCAAGCUCCAGCUCAUCGCAGGCCACGGUGCUGAGUGCCGGCUCGACGGCCACCUCGGCACCCACCACCUCCUCCGAUGACUCGGACGAUCUGCUGUCGUACAAGUCGUCGGCCUCCACCAAUGCCUUGCUGGCCCAGUCGCAGGCCAUGACCACCAGCCAGCUGAUGUCGAAGUACUUAAAGCGAGAGCCGCGGGUACAGUUUACUCCGAUCAAGUCGCCAGAGUCUCCAUCGCCGCCUGGCGGUGGGGAUGGUCUGCCCAAGGGCACCUACCAACUGGUCACGCCCACUGGCCCCGGCUCCAGCUCUUCUCUCAAGCCCAGCGCCACAACGGGAGCGAUCAGCAAGCACACCACAUCGUCGCCAAGCCAAGCGGACACGAACACUAAUCACACCAACAACAGCCAGAAGUUGUCCUCGCCCUCGCGCCUCGCGAACAAGGACAGCAAGUCCGGAGCAGCGGUAAGUGGCUCCUCCUCGAUUGUGUCGACCGGGCGGCGGCUGUUUGACAGCCUGGCCUCAUCCUCAUCGUCGGAGACGGAGACCAAGACCUACAUUGGUGGAACCACAGCCAAUGCCAGUGCAUCCAGCAGCACGACAACCUACACCAACGACUCGCGGAACACAGCCAGCAGUAGUAAUAAGUCGGUAGCGGGUUCGGGUUCGGGUUCGGGCUCAGGCUCAGAGCACCGAAGCUAUGGCAGCGCUCUCUUCGGGAGCAGCGGCCUUGGCAAUGGCAAUGGGGCCAGCGGCACCCACAACCAUUUGGGCAACAGCACCAACAGUCCCUUCACCAGCACCAAUGGCAAUGGCAACCACAAUGCCAUGCAUCUGUAUGGCACUCUGCCAAAGAGUGGGGCCAAUGCCAGUUCGGGUGCUGCCUUGUUUGGCAGCAGCGCCAGUUCCUCCUACCACUCGAGCAGCGGUGCGGGCACGACAACCAGCAGCGGUGUCAGCUCCAUGACGGGCUCCACCAAUAGCUAUGACUUCUACACGAGCAGCACCUCGAGCGGCGGCAGCAGUUCGCGUCCCUUUACCAAUGGGGGCAACAAUUACCACACCCUGGGCACAUAUCGGGCGCAGUAUGCGGCCACCAAUCCCUUCCUCGAUGCCUUCGACGAGAAGCCCAGCAGCAAUGGGGGCAACGGCGGUAGUAACAAUGGCCAUGGGGAGGAUAAGCUCGGGGCGGACAAGGGCGGACAUCAUAGGGCGACCGUGAUGGCGGCAUUCCAAUCGUCGGGCGACUCCAAGAACGGUAGCGAUGAGUACGAUGAUCUCAAGUGAGGAGCCCAAACGAUAACGAACUAGUACGAUUACGAUAACGAUAACGAUUUCCAUACAGAUAGACCGAUAGACAGACAGACAAUGCUGAAAGUGUUCUUUUGGAGUAUUUACAGUUUACAAAUUUACAUAGAACGAAAUAAUACGAAUAAUAUAUAUAUAAAAAAAACCGAUAAGCAAACGAUAAACAACCGAUAUAUAAUCGAAAUAGAAAACUAUGCUAAAAACCCACUGAACACGCGGAUAAAUGUAUCUCUCCUCCUGCUCUUAUUUAACAAAAAAAAAAACGGAAGGCCGAACAUGGCUGCCAAGCUUUCUGUGCGUAUGUGUGUGUGUUGUGUGUGUGCGUGAGUGUGUGUGUGUGUGUGUGUGAAUGGGCAGCCAUUUAGCUAACCAAAAAUCCGAAUUCAAUAACAUUUACGAACAGUAUUUUUGAAUGAACUAAAAGCAACAAAAAAAAACCCAAACAAGAGAAUGACAAACAUCGUAUACAACAAAUUACAAAUUAUAAUAAAUAGUAAUAAAACACUAACAAACAGAACAUGAACAAAACUUAAACCAAAAGGUUGACCGCGCAUUUAAUUUUUACAAGCAAACAUAACAAAAAUCAACAACAAUUUCUACAUAUAUACAGACAGACUUACAUGCCUAUAAAUACAUGCUAGAUGUGCAAUUUAUGCUAAUGAAAUAUUUUUGCAUAGUACCCCCAUCUACAUAUUGGAAUACAUACUCUGUACAUACAACAAAAAAGGAGUCCUCGUUCCGCAAACUUUUUCUAAUCCUUACACCAAGCAAACAACCAACCAGACAGCACACAGCCGUAUGCGAUGUGUGUGUUUCAAUGUGACCAACUCUCUAAUCUAUAAAGCAGCUAUACUAUAUCUUAAUGUAUGUGAAACAACUAAGCGAAAAAGCCCAAGACAAGUAAAUUACUAGACAACUUUUCGAGCAAUAUAUUUGCCUACAAAUGUUUCUCUACGCCUCUUACACAUGUAUGUAAUAAAAAACUUAUACAAUUAUAUCCAAAGAUACCAACAUUUGUAUAAGGAAAACAAGAAAUCCUUGGAGCUGCUUGUGUUCGAUCAGCUGAUGUUCGAUCCAUACAUCACAUGCAUACACCACAAACACACAAGUAAAAAAGAAAAGAAAAACACAUACAAAUACAUGAAUUUAUUGACGAAUCGAUGUGCUUAGUUUUUGGUAUGAAACAAAGUCUGAUAUACACACUAAUAUACAACAAUACAGUAUAAUAUUUAUAAACAUUUAAACAUAAUUAUACAAACAAUGGGGAAAAACAAAACAAACAAAAAAGAAAAACUAACAAAAAAAAACACUAAAAAGUAAAACGAUGAAAAAGUAAAAAGUUAUAACUAUACAAUAACAAAAACAAUUAAACACGCUUUGCGAUUAGGGGACAGAAUUUUACAGCAUUUAUGUUUCCAAAGCUUUUUACAUACAUAUAUACAUACAACUAAAAUAUGUAUAUGUAUAUGUGCGGCCAACUGUGUGCUUAAAAUCCCAAUCGUACUCGUCUAACAAAUCUAUACGAAAAUAUUCAUAUAUCAAAUAUAAAACAAUAGAAAUUAAUCCUACGAAACUGUAAAUACCCACAAUGUACUUGCAACGUUCUGUUUAGUCAGCUAGUCAGCAGCAGCUAGUCAAUGUUUGUCAGUUCAAGCUAGUUUCUAGUCCUAGUCAUACUAUAGCAACCUAUAUACAUAGACAUCUAGGCUUAUUGCAUACACAUAAAACAUAUUAGCAUAGUGACAAAUAUGAUUUCAAUUAGGCCAGUCAGGGAGAAUCUUAAGCAAUAAAUAUACGAGUUUAUGGAGAGAGGUUUGUGUUGGCUAUCCCCAAAACAUACAUACGAUUAACACCAAGCAUAAUCAUUCGUCUUCAUGCAAAAGUACAACUUCCCACAAGAGCCCCCCAACCAAAACCAUAAAUGAAAUAAUAACAAGCUAACACCUACGGAAUUCAAAUGUUCAAUGUUCAGAUUCAAAUUUCAAAUCAAUUAUUAGUGAAACAUAUUCAUAGCCAAGAAUUGUGCAUUAUUUGAUUUUAAAUUUAAAUACUAGCCACACAAAAUAUUGAUCAAAGCGUUGAUGAUGUUGAUGUACGGUACUGUACCUCGAGUGAGGGAACGAAGAGUGUAGAAGGGUAGUGGAAAGCGUUAAGAUUUUAAAUAGAUAAUUAUUCGGUUACUUGUUGUCAGAUUUAUUUUAUACGAAUGGAGAACAAAUAAGAAACAAAUGAACGUGUUACACAUGAUUCUCAAAACCAAAGAGUUAUAAACCACAGCGCAUAGGCGAAACAAACAAACAAAAAACAUACAUCUAGUUGAGGCAAAUUGAUUUUUAUAUAGUGAAUUGUUAAUUAUUGCAUAUAGAGUGUAGGAGUUUUUAAAAAGCAGCAUCAGCAAAUCAGACAAAGGAGCAAACAACAAGUGUUCAUUCUGUAGACUCACGAGAGCCUAGAGCUGGCCCCAUCCUGGUUAUUGAUUUUAUAGGAUUUUAACGUCGUACUCGAUUAUUACAUACCAAAGAAACGUCAAUGUUACUACAGCUGUCGCCUUCAUUUUACAAAUAUUUAAUAUAUAGUAUACCCCGCCCCAGUAAUUACUCUAGAGUCCCCCCCCAAAUAGUUCUCUUAAUUUGUUCACCCAAAAGCUUUAAUCGUUGAACGACCCAAAGGUUACAAAUUCGAAACAUAUUCCACAUAUACUAGUAGAUGGAGAAACUUUGGUGGCAGCAUCACAAGUACUUAGGAGGGAAAGCUUCAAUUGAUUUGCGAAUCGUUGUGGCUUCUUAGUUGUAGUUAGCUUUAGCCUUAAGAUGCAUGUGUGGGUGGCAGGGGAAAAGAGUAGCGAAUGAGCAGUUGGUGGGAUUUGGUGGUGGAAUGAAACGAAAUGGAAAUGGAAAUGGAAAUGGGUUUGUGGUGUGUUGUGUGUUGUGGUGUGGUGAAGUGAACUGUAGGGCUGCGUGGUGUGUUCUUUGCUUGAGCAGCGUGCUCUGGGCUCCAACCCCUGUUCGAUAUGUAUUUGUACUUGUACUUUAGAAUAACAUAUACUACGGAAUAUAUAUCACUGUGUCAUAUCGUACAUUUAAACAAGUAAAGCAACCAAAAACCAAACAACCAAAUUGACGCUGAAUGUGGUACAUACUUAUUGUUAAUGCAACCAAGUAUUCACGUAAACCAAAAUUAAUGGCGGCCGAGCAGCAACUACAUAAUACAUACAUAUACAUAGUUACAUACUAAACUUAAACAAAAGAAAACAAAAUCAUGAUUGAUUGUCGGGCAACCGAGUACUACAAAUUGUAUAUGCAUUUAACUUAGCGUAAAUAACUAAUUCUAAAGAAACUAAAUUAAAACUAAUAAGCCAUCGGAUCUGUUAGCUGGCACAUGCGAAAAACACACACACAAAAACACAAAGAAUAUGUUGAGCAAAUAUGAAUUGAUGAAUUAUGCAAAGACACGGAAGAACGAACUAAUUUACCGAAAUGUAUUGCACAAUAUCGAACACUCAUUACGUACGAGUGAGUAUUAGCGAAAGUAAAACUUAAAAACUACAACAAAUUAUAAGCAUUCGUAAUAGAAUCGAAUCGAAUCGAAAUGGUAACGCUAGUCAAAAAAAACACACGCAGAUUCCGAUUAUAUUUUAUGUUUGAAAGUCGAAGUUGAGCUCAGUUGUGUUUGCGGUUUGGAUAAGUAUAUAAAAAUGAAUAUGUGAAUUUAUGUGUGUAUUAAAUGUGCCUAAAGUUUCAUUUACUUCUCUACUCCCUGCUCCCCGUACUUACUCUUUGAGAACCCUCUGACGCUUUAUGGGGAUUUUGUUUUGGGUUUUUUAAAGCCAUUUCGUAAAACAUUUCUGUCGAACUUAACAAGUAAAUGGAGACCAAAUGCUCAGGGCGUUAGCGAGUUAUAAUAAGCAAGGUAAUAUUAACAAGGGGAAAACGUACUUAAGAACUAAGUGUAACAAAAUCAUGAGCAUGCUCCAUCAAAUGUUUAGUUGGAAGAAAACCGUAGUCAAAUCCGAAGCUGAAACAAACCGAAGAAAACCAACAACACCGAUAUCAGCAAAUAACUAGAGAAAAAAAAACAAAAUACGCAGCCACAUCAAGAACAAUCCAGCAAAACAAAUUUACAAACAAAAUCCAAGCAAUCAAUUUGUUGAAAAGACUGAAAACCAAAACCAAACAAACAAAAAACAUAAUGAAACGAAGCAACAACAAAACAAAGGAGAGUUUUUCACACAUUCAUGUAUUAAAUAGUGUACACAUCUUUCGGAAUCCCCCAGUCUCAGAGUUGUCCCCAGAGUUUCCCUUUUGUUUUGAAUCAUUGUUUUGAAACCCUUUCUAGCGCGUCAUUGAACUAAAAACGGAAAAGUAAUAUACCGAAAACUUAAAGUAAUAGUGAAAUAUUAGCGGAAAUAAUACAACAAAAAAUAUUACCACCAGCAUUUUGCUAACUACUUAAUAUGCAAAUUUAAUAAUAAAAUGGAUUAAGAAAUAGUCUAAAGAAUAGUUAAAAAAUCGUAUGGCGAGCAGAUAGCGAAUAGUUUUUGGAGUAGUCAAGGAAAAACGAAUACCGAUUACCGAUCAAAACUUUGAAAUAAUUUGUCUGAAUCCCACCAUAAAAGGAUGCGAAACAAGAACAAACUAAAUUUAAAAUGUAAUUUAGAAUGUUUUUAGUUUGCCAGAAAUUCCAAUCUCUUUUUUUUGUAUCCUCUCCACUCCAAUUGCAUAUACUAAUAGAGCAAAAACCCCAAGCAAAUUAAGCAUACUUACUACAUAUGUAUGUAUGUAUAUCUAACUAUGUAUAUUGCCUACAGACAUAUACCUAGACGCAGCAGACAGAGCUAAACCGCAAAAGGGAAUCCAAUGAGGGAAGGAGACGCCAUGGCCUACACCAACUGUAACUGUAAUGAUCGUUUCGAGUGCAGAAUGAACGGUACUCUGAUAAUACUCUCUACUUACCACUGCCACAAAAAGAACAAGUAAAUUGUAACGUUAAUAUAUAUAGACAUAAUACAGCCGGUACAUACACAUAAAAAUACAUAACAAACAUAAUAAUACAUAUACUUUGCAUAUAUACAUACCGUAAAUUAAACGAUGUAUAUGGAGGGGUGACUAAGCGCAUUGCAACUACACCACAUGCCUGCCAUGCGUGUGUGUGCGUGUGGUGUGUGCAAGUAAACUUAACUUAUUAUUUAUUCCAAAAACAAAACAACAAUAAAAAUUAUCUCAUAAUUAUGGAAAGCAAA